AUGAUGGCUAAAAAUGAUAUCUUGUUACAACGUCCCGCUUACCGAUACCAGAAGGAAUAUUCUCUGUUCAACCAUUUUGGUAUACAAUCGAAUAUCAUUGUCGCUGCAACCUUCGCCAAUACAGAGGAUGGAAGCAUCGUGCUUUCCAAAGACCUCAUAUAUGCAGCCCUGAAGCAAACUGCUGCAAAAUAUCCCGAGCUUGGGAUAACUCAUUACUGUCUCCCAUCAGAAACAAAGUCUGGGCAACACCGGUGCUGGACGGAUUUCCGGCGGGUCAUCAAUCUCGAUGAGCAUGUGAAGUUCAUUGAUAUCCCAGCAGAGGAGGAAGCAGCAGGACUGACAGCAACCCUUGAGAAGUACCAUGGUCUUUGGUUUGAUCCAACGGUAAGACCACCCUGGCAACUGGUGGUUGUCAACGAAAAACACAUGCUGUUCGUGUAUGAUCACUACCUCACUGAUGGACGCGGCGGUACAUACAUACUGGAGAGUAUCUUGGAAGCCCUCAACUCCCCCGAGCAAGGUCUCGACAACUCUGCCAAGCAAGACAUUAUGGGCCUUCCAUUCAUCGAAUUUACGACUGACAUUAAGGGGUUUCCCGAGAUCGAUCCCAUUAAACGGGCUCCGGCACCACUGUCCCUCAUUACUGCUAUCUUGAAUUAUCUCCGUUUCUACGUCAUCUCGCUUCUAUACAGAAAAAAAGACCUCUUUUUUCAUGAUGUCGUUCAUGAAGAUCGUCAGCUGGACUACAACAACCCUCAGAAAGAGGACAAUCUCGUCAAAACAAGACUUCACAGUCUUCGCCUCGAUGCGUCUACGAUGCGAAAAGGCCUUCAAGCCUGCCGGUCCCAUCAAACUUCGUUCACUAGUCUCCUGCACACCCUUAUUAAGGUGACAUUGGCAGCGGACUUCUACCCAAAUGCCAAAUUCAAUCAUUCUAUGACAAUCGUUGAUAUCCGAUCGUUCCUGAAACCGCACGACAGGGAGCAGACCGUGGAGAAUGCGGCUUCCAUGGUGUCGAGCUUCGACUGGCUAUCCAAGUUCCGCCAAGCAGGAGAGCAGAUAGCCUCCAAAGAGAACUCCAAGUUUGAAGCGGAUCUACUGUGGGAGCUAGCGCGCAAGCAUCGAGCACAUAUCCUCAAUGACAUCAAUCAUAGAAAGUCAUGCUUGAGCGCUUGGCAGUCGAUCGAUCUCAUCGGAGAAGAUGCAGAAGAUUAUAUUAGCGGCUUUAUACCCGGACUGAAGCUUGUGCAGCGCAAUGCUUUCUCCGUCUCUAAUCUGGGUGCUUUUCGCCCAAAACAAUCGGUCGGCGAGGACGGGAGCAGCGGAGAUUGGACCAUCACCAAUAUGGAGUUCUCUGCUGGUGCUCUCCAAACUGGAUUCGCGACCAAUUUAGUGUUCAAUGUAGCAGGAGUUCAAGAUGGUCCAACUACUAUCCAUGUUUGUCAUGAAGAAGGUGCCUUGAGGGAUGAAUUUGUCGAAUCGGUUUUGGAGCGAGUCAAAAUGCGGAUGGAUGCCAUUAUCUAG